UUUCAUCACUGUUCACUAAUAGUGACACAGCUUUUAAAAAAAUUACCAAAAAGAAGAAAAAAAAACUAUAUAUCUCUGAGUGAAAAUAAAUACAUAUAAAAUUUAUUGAUUCUUAAUUUAUUGAUUAAACAAAUAUGUCGGGUUUUGAUGACAAUCCAUUUGGCGAACCAACUGUAGAUAAUCCGUUUGCGGUAAGAAAUGAUCCAGCCAUUCAACAAGCGACUCGUACAACGACAAAUGUACAGAAUUCUUUAGAGGAUUAUAAUCCAUUUGAACAAGAACAAAGCAAACCCCAGCUACAAAUCAAUUCAACAAACAAUGCAGCAGUGGUUCAGCCUCUAUCACAAAACAUUCCGCCUACUCAACAGCGCGUUGCAACCACAGCCACACCUAGUACCAGUGUGCAAAUAACCACAGAGGAAUUGCAGAGACGCCAAGAGGAACUUGAUCGCAAAGCUGCUGAAUUGGAUAGACGUGAACAGCAAUUACAGGGAAAUAUACCCCAGCUUAAUAAUUGGCCACCAUUACCAGACAAUUUUUGCGUGAAACCUUGUUUUUAUCAAGAUUUCAACUUGGAAAUACCUCCUGAGUUUCAGAGACUAGUUAAACAUUUAUAUUAUACAUGGAUGUUUUACACACUAACCAUGUGCGUUAAUAUCAUUGGUGGACUUAUUAUUCUGUUUCACAGAAACGAAUUUACGAAUUUUGGGCUGGCGAUUUUCUAUACAUUGCUCUUUACACCUGCUUCAUACAUUUGCUGGUUCAGACCAGCCUACAAAGCUUUUCGCAAUGAUUCAAGUUUUAAUUUUAUGGUAUUCUUUUUUGUGUACUUCUUUCAAACAAUAUUCUCGGUUUUCCAAGCUAUAGGCUUUCCUGGCACUGGUUAUUGUGGUUUCAUAGUUGCCAUUACACAGUUUGAUUCGUCGGCCUCAGGCAUCAUCGUUGGUUUGCUGUUGCUAUGUAUUGCCUUCUGUUUCGCUGUUACGGCAGCAGCAAAUAUAAUGAUGAUAACAAAGAUUCAUUCGAUAUAUCGCAGUUCAGGAGCUAGUAUGGCAAAGGCUCAGGCUGAGUUUGCAACCGAAUUUAUGCGCAACCAACAUGUUCAGCAAGCUGCAUCUUCUGCCGUUAACACCGCUGUUAAUUCUCAAUUUAACAAUCGUCGAUACUAAUUAACCUAUUGUAAAAACUACACGGCAUUGCAUUGUAUUCAAAUAAACCUAGCUAACAUCUCAACACACAUAAAUGGAGCAGUCCUCAAUUAUGAUGUGUAAAACGAACAGAUUACUAUUUAAUACAUACAAUAUAUAUAUACAUGCAAAUUUAACUAGAAGUUUUGAAAACGGAUUUAAGUAUUUGCUUAUUUAUUGACUAUGUUUAUAAUUUCAAACAAUUAAAAAAUACAACUUAUUAUAAAAAAAUUAAUAUUUUAAAACCAACAUUUGUUACAAUAUUAUUUGUUCUACUGUAUUUUUUAAAUUAUUCUUCGGCACGAGGAAUAUCAAUGUGUGCGUCCACUUAUUUACAUUAAUAUUAAUACAUAAAACUUACACAAUUCAAAAUGUAUAAUCAUAUAAAACUUAACUUUUGAAAUAAAUGAAGAAAAAAUAAUAAUAAUCAUAUAGAUAACGGUUAGAAUAUUUGUAGUCUCAUAUUCCUUUAAAAAAUAAACUGUUCCUAAGCAGUACUUUCUAAACACAUUUAUACAUAUAAUAUUAUUUUCCCCUUUUUUGUUAUCACUUACAUAAAUACCAUUAUGUAAUAAAAAAUAAUUUUAUUAUUAGAUGUACAUAUAUAUUAUUA